GGUUGGAGCUCUUGGCCCCGCCCUCGCGGCCAUCUUGGAGGCCCUGGAGGCGGUGCCGCGGAGGACGGAGCGGAAGUUUCCGCUGCAGCUUCCCGGAGCCCGAGCGAAGCGCCGGCGGCCGCCCCUGCCCCGCCGUCCUUCUUCCUGCGGCCGCGAGGAAGACCGCGGCUCGGCCGCAGCGGCGCUGCGAGUUACAGAAUGUCCGAAGGGGACAGUGUUGGCGAUUCCGUCCAUGGGAAACCUUCAGUGGUGUACAGAUUUUUCACAAGGCUUGGACAGAUUUAUCAGUCCUGGCUAGACAAGUCUACACCGUACACAGCUGUGCGAUGGGUUGUGACGCUGGGCCUGAGCUUUGUCUACAUGAUUAGAGUUUACCUGUUGCAGGGUUGGUACAUUGUGACCUACGCCUUGGGAAUCUACCAUCUAAAUCUUUUCAUAGCUUUUCUUUCUCCCAAAGUGGAUCCUUCCUUAAUGGAAGACUCAGACGACGGCCCGUCAUUACCAACCAAACAGAAUGAGGAAUUUCGUCCCUUUAUUCGAAGGCUUCCAGAGUUUAAAUUUUGGCACGCAGCUACCAAGGGCAUCCUCGUGGCCAUGAUCUGUACCUUCUUUGACGCGUUCAACGUCCCGGUGUUCUGGCCAAUUCUGGUGAUGUACUUCAUCAUGCUUUUCUGUAUCACGAUGAAGAGGCAGAUAAAGCACAUGAUCAAAUACCGGUACAUACCAUUCACACACGGGAAGAGGAAGUACAAAGGGAAGGAGGACGUGGGCAAGGCCUUUGCUAGUUAGAGCCGGACUGAGUCUGUCACACGCAUUGAAAGAACGGUUUUGAGCCAUUGUAACAAUGCCUUUUUUCUUCACAUAAAGUAGUUGAUUACGAGGGAGUCGGAUUUUCUUUUUAAAAAGGAUCUUCAAUUAUUUGUAACUGAAAUAUCAGGUUCUUGAAGAAACUGGCAUUUAAACCAAAUCGCACAUUUCUUUUUCAGUGAUGCUCAAGUGUUUCUAACGAUGGGAUUUUAGUAAACCAGCUGCAGGCUCGGGAGGCCAAGUGGGUGGCGGCUCGCUGGAGCGAGGGGGCGGGUGGCCGUCCCUGCCGCGGUGCCAGGUGGGUGGACAGGAGUGAGGCUCGCCAAGGAGGAGCGCCAUGGCCACUCCACUGAACCGGAGGGACGAUGCCAGCCUGAUUCCUGCGUGUUGGAAAGGACUAACUGUGGGUUCUAACGCCAGUUUCCUGAUUUCAUCUCACUAGAGAUGUUCAAAGUUGGCCUCUAUCUUAAUGACUCAAAACUUUGUUCUUAACUACCAUGAUUGCUUUCAAGGGCCUGGAAUUAUAAAUAUAUAUUAUAUUUUAA